AUGGAGGACCAGUUCAUCAUACGAACGCCAGAAAGCAUUCGAGAGAAAGUGAACAACGAUGUAAAGAACGGGGUGAUUAACAAACUAUCGAUAAAAAUGAUAUCAGCAAAAGAAGGAAUACUUACCUACGAGAACAAAACGUACACGGGAUACAUAGCAGACCUGCCGUGCAUAAUAGAGUCGCAUAAGACGCUUGACAACCGGCAGUUCAUCAAAAUAGCAGACAUAUCAAAGAUAUUCGUGUUCUCAGACGAUGCCUCAAAGGCACAGGAGACAGCAGAAGAAGCAUCGCUUUCGGGCAUAACGCCUCCGAUGAAGUACGUAAAGACAAGGCGGUUCAGAAAGAGGCUGACAAAAGCCCCAAUAAUCGAGGAAAUAGAGAAGGCAGUGAGCAGUCUUCUGCAGAAAGACAAGGAAGCCAUACGGAUAGAUGUGCAGCUGAUAAACAAGAGCGGAAGCGAGUCAGAGGAAGACGUGUCGUCACUGGCAGCAGAGAUAGAGCUGAACCUCCUGGAAAGCGAGAAGAACACACAGAACAGCAUAGAGUACCAGGAAGCAGCGCCAGAGGAGCUGAAAGAAAAAGAGAGCCAUCUGAAAGAGAUACUGGCAAAGAUAGAGGAAAAGAAAGAACAGAUCAACAAAAUAUCCAACCCAAUAUUGAAGAAGCGAUUCCAAGAGAACAUACAGCAGCUAAUGCAGGAGAAAGAAGAGAUUGAAGAAGAAAUAAGAAAGCUGACAGAUAAGACGGGAUAG